AUGGCAGAACCAACAACCGUAUCAGAAACAGCCAUCAAACUCGAGAUGCCCGCCUUCAAUGCAAAUGUGCAAACGUGGUUCCUUCAGCUUGAUGCGAUAUUCCAAGCUAGGCGCAUAACUUCUCAGCAGUCAAAAUUUGCAGCAGUCGUGGAGAAGCUACCGGCAGAAAUAGCAGCCGAAGUAGCUGAUAUACUAACUUCAGUCCCAGUUGAAAAACCAUACGAAAUCCUAAAAGAAGCGAUAUUGCAUAGAUCAGGUUUUUCGGAGGAGAAAAGAAUACGUGAACUCCUGUCCAAUGUCACAACCGAAGAUGCCAAACCUUCACAGUUACUUCGAAGGAUGCAGCAGUUAUUAGGCGAAAAUGACAUAUCGACCACAGUAUUCAAACAAAUGUGGCUGGACAAGCUACCGCCAGAGGUUGUACGAAUUCUAGCCGCAUUAGCAGAAGAUGUAGACAUCCAGAAACUAGCGAUAAUUGCAGACAAAAUAACAGACACAGCGCCAAUUAAACACAUAUCCGCAACGAACACACGAGAUGGCCUCAUGCCAGACAUAGACCGGCAAAUUCAAAAGUUAUCAACAGAGUUGCAAGAUAUAUCUAUACAGCUGCGCGAACUACAAAAUGCCCAUCUAAGCCGACAUGAUAAUCAAUAUACCAAGCGAAAUAAACAACGCUGGAGAUCAAAUUCUCGACACAGAUACAAACGACAACGAAACGAAUACCAAAAUGAAAAUGUUGGUAUCAUGAAACUUUUGGCGCGCAAGCUAACAAGUGCAGACAACCAUGUGCGUAUAAGAAAUCACCAACCGCCAAACAGCAGGGAAACGGACAUCCUGGCACCCAGUAGAGACGUUGGAUGCCAGGCAACUCAAGACUAA